AUGGACGAUCCGGGCUGGUCAUGGCCGGCCUGGAAAUUUGGCAUGAAAAGGGAAGAUUUGACAACGAAGUUGCACGACAAGUACAACACCUUUCCCUCUUCGAUUCAAGACCCCGAAGCGUUUCACCACGACGUCUUCGAGAUCAUUGCUCACCCGAAGCUCGUCGGUACGGAACAGUGGCAGUAUGCUCUCCAGCUCUUCCGAACGAGAUCGCUCGACUCUCUCGUUCGGUAUUUUUCGAGCUAUCUCCCCGAAAGCUACUUGGAUCACCAUUCUUCCAGCGGCAACCGGUCCCACACCCCGUUAUCCACCGCGUCGUCGUACGCCGACUACAGCAGUGUAGCCAGCGCGACGACUGACCCCAGCAGCAUCGAUGCUGACGACGACUAUUAUGACGAUCACGAAGCAUAUGCCCUUGUACCAACAUUUCUUUCUUCAGACAAGCCCCAUUUCACCGACGAACCUGAAGACAUCGUCGACUCUAUUAUCCCUGCUACGACUACGUCCUGCCGGCCCUCUCGAAUUGAUACCCACAUUCCCAUGUCUCCCGAAUCUAUCGCCGAGGACCCUGACACCGCCGCGUCGUCGCCUGUCGACACCACUGAUAUGCACCGCCGUCCAACUACCACCACCAUUCACUCACCAAAGCCCAAGCGACCUCUGACCUCUUUUGCUACUGCCGACUCGGCCGACGCCGAUGACGCACUUGAUUCCAACGCAUCCUUGAGCCGGUCUUCUGUCGAGUCCAUCACCUUUUCUGGAUCCGAAUCCGGUCGCCGCAAUUCGCGCGACUUUUCCUUGGAUGAAGAAGAAGAUGACGAAGGAUUCCCAGUCACCCAGUCACCCUAUGAUAUGUAUAACGAGAUGGACGGCGCGUACGAUGACCUCGUCGCCGAUAUUCUCCCUACCUCUGAAGCUUGUGAUAUCUUGGAUUCGGAAACACCUACCCCCGACCAGAAGGCCCUACUUCUUUCUCAUUUACCACGUCCAAGUCUAUUGGAUGUAGUAUCCGGUCCGAUGCUCGCUCUUAUUGUCACGAUGCACGCGUCGCCCCUCCUCCCCCUCCUAAACUGGCGUCGAUGGUCCCUGACAUGA